GAUCUUUUACCAAUAUUGUGUGCAGCGACGGCUGAUCGACGUCAAGAGAAGAAGAAGAAGAAGCUGGAGAAUCAGAGAAAAUAAACAAAUAGUAAUAUACAUAUGUGUACAGAUAUAUCAUAGCACGUGUGUGUCUGUGUGGAACAAGACCGGAAGUCUGAUUAAACAAAAGCGCAAAUUAAAUUAUAGAAACUAAAGAUCAUCAUCGGUAAAGAUCGUUUACAUAAUUUUUCGCGUGUGCCAAGCAAGCAGACUUACUAUAUUUUAUACGAAAAAUCGAAAAAGCGUGCCUGCCAAUUUGACUUAACUUGGCUGAGACUGCAUUCUGUUGUUUUCGUUUUUGGCCAGACGUCAAAUUCGAUUUUUAUGACUUUUGAAAGCGUGACUAAGACGUGAUUUAUGAUGGCGUGUGGUUUUUAAUAUUCAUGUGGACGCGCUCCGAACCUCUCAACCUGCGUAGGUGCGCCAAACAAUAAAAAAUACAAAAAAAUCACCACAGCAAGCAGCAACAUCUCGGCCCCGAGGCUUAAUCCCGAUAUCCAGCUGAGUGUGUGCGUGGAUUCGACUUUUUUAUGGAGGCAGUUAAGCAUUUGAGUGCCGCUGCUGCUGCCGCUGCUGCAGCUGCAACGUGCAGCGAUAUGCCAGCCAAGGCAGCAACAUCGCCAACAACAACCGAUAUUGCAGAGGCGCUAAGCGAUCUGGAGGCAAGCACAACAGCAUCAUCGGCCAGCACCGCAGCAACAUCGAAGCACCACAGCAACAGCAACAGCAAGCCAAGCGCAACAGCAACACCCACUAUAAGCAGCCACAAGAAAAGCGAGAGUUGCAACAGCAACAAGUGUACGCCGGCAACAUCACCGAUCGCCAGCAAAACCAGCAGUGCUGCAAUGGCAGCUGCAACAGCCACGGCGGCAGCAGCAACUAACGAUCUUGCAGCGGCAGCAGCAGUGGUCCUUUCGCUGCAAGGAACCAUGGUCAGUAGUCUGCAACAGGCCGCAUUGCUGCCGGCCAAUUCGGCAGCGGCAGCUGCCCUAAAUCUUCAGGCUCUGGAAUCCUAUUUGGCAUUGCAGCGACUCACUGGAAAGUCGGAUGUAUUUCGCUUUUCCAGCAGCAACACUAGCAACAGCAGCAGCAUUAGUAAUAAUACAACCACCUGCAACAGCAACCACAGCAGCAGUGAAACGGAGCAAAAUGCAUUGCCCUCGCUGAUAGACAUAGCCAAUAUAGAACUCAAGUCGAGCUGUUCAUCGAGUUCAUCGGGGGAGCCCCCCUUGUCAACAGCAACAUCAGCCGGCACGGCAGCAACAUCCUCGCCCAGCAGCAAUGCCAGCAACUCCAACAACACACCAGCAACAUCAAAGUGUCUGCCACUGCCCUCAAUUGGUACCGUUAGUGCUGCUGCUGCUGUUGCGGCUGCUGCGGCUGCUGCAGCAGCUGCUGCAAGCCAACAGGCGGCACUCGAUUGCGCAACUGCCGCUGAGUUGGCAGCAGAAUGCGAUUUACCAUUGUUAGAUGGCGAGGAUGCACUAUCCUUCGAGGCAGGCGAUUUGGACAGCAGCUAUGGCAGCUUUAUGUUCAAUCCAUCGGCCUUUAGCCAGGCGGAAAUGGAUUCGGCCCUGCAUUCCCUACAGGCCACCAUGUAUCAGGACAAGAUGAAUGUCAUAUCGGGGGCGGCAGGCGGAGGAGGAGGAGGAGCGGUGGGGGGCGUGGAGGAGGCGGGCAGCUCGACGGCAGCAGCGGCGGCGGCAGCGGCAGCCCAGCGGUCCAAGAAACAAUUCAUCUGCAAGUUCUGCAACCGACAGUUCACCAAGUCCUACAAUCUGCUCAUCCACGAAAGGACACACACGGACGAGAGGCCCUACUCCUGCGACAUCUGCGGCAAGGCCUUCAGGCGGCAGGAUCAUCUGAGGGAUCACAGAUAUAUCCACUCCAAGGAGAAGCCUUUUAAGUGCGCCGAAUGCGGCAAGGGAUUCUGCCAGUCCCGCACCCUGGCUGUCCACAAGAUCCUCCACAUGGAGGAGUCGCCGCACAAGUGUCCCGUGUGCAACCGCUCCUUCAACCAGCGAUCCAACCUGAAGACCCACCUGCUCACCCACACCGACAUCAAGCCGUACAAUUGCGCCUCCUGCGGGAAGGUUUUCCGGCGGAAUUGCGACUUGCGGCGCCACAGCCUCACCCAUAAUUUGGCGGCCGGAGUGGGCGGCGUGGUGGGUGGCAACCUAAGUGAUUUAUUCGGAUCGGGCUCCAGUUCCAGUUCCGAGCUGGGACUGCCCACGGGCUCCACAAGUACUUCCGGUUCCUCCAGGGACUUGGUGGCCGUCAGCGAAUGAUCUUUACCAGCUCUGCAACCCUGUAAUCCCCACUCAAUAAAUCUAAAUCUCAUUUGCAGCUCUCAUGAAUACGAAUCCCUCCAUUUCGUAAUCGUAAUCGUACUUACUAAACAGCAUUUAAUUUAGCCUAAGUUUAGUCCUAGUUAUUUUGGUUUAAGCCAUGGAUAUUUGUGACGUAAGCUUAGCAGGAAAGUUUGACUUUGUGUAAGGCACUCGAUAUGUUUAGACUAAGUUAAAUUGUGGACUCUUAUUGUACUAUCGAAUAAAUGAUAAUAGC